AUGGUAAAUGUGAAGGCGGUGAAGCAUUACUCUGCUGUUGUUUCUCUCUUUGGAGAAAUGUGGAAAUUAGGUAUUCCAACUGAUAAAUUCAUCUUGAAUAUAGUAAUUAACAGUUAUUGCCUCAUGCACCAUGCUGAUUUAGGAUUUUCUGUUUUAGCUAUUUUCUUCAAGACUGGCAUUCCAUUUGAUGUUGUUACUUUUACCAUCCUAAUAAGGGGACUCUUUGCUGAAAAUAAUGUUAAAGAUGCCAUUCAUUUGUUCAAAAAGCUAGCGAGAGAGAAUAUUUGUGAACCUAACGAAGUCAUGUAUGCAACUGUCAUGAAUAGGCUUAGCAAAAGGGCCAUACUAAUGCUAGAUGCUGUUAUCAGCCUUUUGAAAGAGAUGAUACAAAAAGGUAUUCCUCCAAACAUUGUCACAUAUAGUUCAUUGAUUGAUGGUUUGUGUAAGUCUAGUAAAUGGGAUGAUGUUAGGAUAUUGUUCUGUGAGAUGGGUCUGUUUGAAGCUGGAAGAAUUGACACCGCACAAAAGUUCUUCGCUGAAAUGCUGUCGGUAGGGCAGAGGCCUGAUUUUUGUACUCAUAGAAUCUUGCUUAGUGGUUAUUUUAAGAAUGGACGUGUUAAAGAAGCUAUGUCACUCUUUCAUAAGUUGGAAAGGAAGUUUGAAGAAACUGACAUUCAACUUUACGGUAUUGUCAUUGAUGGAUUGUGCAAAAAUGUAAAAUUCGGCGAAGCUCAUCUUAUUUUUGAGAAGCUUUUUGUAAUAGGUUUACAUCCGAACGUGGUAAUAUACACUACAAUGAUUAAUGGAUUUUGUCAAGAAGGAUUUUAG